GCAGGGAAAAACAUAUAAAAGGAAGGGACAGUAUACGAAGGAUGUCAACUGAGAGAAUUUUCAUUUCCAAGAUACCACUAUCAAUACUUGUGUGGCCCUAGACACACAGCAAAUAGUGGAAGAAAAACAGGCAUGGGUGCCUCAUCCUACAUGUUCAUACUAACUUUUUCUUUCUUUUCCCAAGCAUUUUUGCUUUCAGCAUCAAAAUCCAUGAGAACCGUGGAAGAUGACAUGCUCCUAAAUCCAUUUGGGCUAGGCAAAGCCCUUCAGAAGGAAGAAAUGGCAGAAAAAUCAGGACCUGUUUCUUCCCUCGAACAUUACAAAACUGAGGAGGGUGGUUUUAUGAAUGAAGAGGAGAGCAGAAAUCCAAAGAACAUAGGCUCCAAACAUAGUUUCUUAAACCGUGGUCUGCCGUUGAACCUAGCUAUUAAGCAGCUCCCUUAUCUUGCACUGAAGGGAGCAGUGGCUUUUCCAGCUGACAAUGGAGUUCAGAAUAUUGAAUCAACACAGGAAAGGAGAGAGAUUGGGGAUGAAGAAAACUCAGUUAAAUUUCCAAUAGGAAGGAGAGAUUUUGACAUGCUCAGGUGCAUGCUGGGAAGAGUCUAUCGACCUUGUUGGCAAGUCUGAUACCUGCAGGCCUAAGUCAUUGUUUCCCAAGAAAGCAAAGUUAUUUAGGUGCCAGUGAAACAAAACAUGGAAGUUACUGUGACUUCAUAAAUGUAUAUGUGGUCAAUGUUUGUAUUUUGGUACAAAUGAUUGAGAUCUUUCUUGGUAAACUAAAUGUAAUCAUUUUGCUAUUUAAUAAACCUUGUGAGAAUUUGAGCAGAA